AUGGUUGAGUGUAUACUCCCAAUCUUUGAAGGUGUUUUGCCAGGCAAUCCGUCCGUACGUAGUCUAAACUCAGCAACGGCUUCGAUUCUUGGCCAAAGUCUAAACUCAGCAACGGCUUCGAUUCUUGGCAAGUCGGGUAUGUCGGAGAGUGCCACUGUCCACUGUUUCUCUACAACAGAUUCCAUUCUUGGCCAUGGUAGUCUAAACUCAGCAACGGCUUCGAUUCUUGGUAACCGUGUCAGUAUCUCAGCUGUUUUGGGUGGCUCUCUGUUUCCAACUGAGUGUAUUGCUGACUGUGAGUCCGAAAGUGUCACCGCUUUGAUGAAUUUCGUAUCCAGG